GUCAAAGAAUGCCCCCUGUGGCGAUAGCUGUAUUUCAUUACUGGGUAACACAAAUAUAAUUUGGAUGCAGCAGGCCAGUCAUUGGUGAGUCAAACUGUCUGCAAAAACGUCAGGAUAAUAUCGGCUCGCAGCUGGAAUGCAAGGUUGAUUCACGAAGAAGAGUUAGGAGGUAGAGGCAACGCUGAAGACACGCCAGUCGGACCGAUACGCACUGCACAUACAGCCAUGAAGGGGGAUAAUUUAUUUUCCAACCUGAGAAAAGCCACGUUCUACCAGCGGGUCUACCUACUGGGAGGAGAGGAGCUGCUGGUGCUGCAAAGCACUGUGGGAGUUUCCACGCUGGGUGAUAGCUUCCAUCAGAUCACCGACUUCAACGACCUACCCACCUCCCUAUUUGCCUGCAACGUGGACCAGUCCGUGUUUGAGGAGCAGGAUGGCAAAGAGAUGUUUGAGGCUUUGUUCCUGUCCUACGAUGAGCGGGUGACGUUCCAGCUGUUCAAGAGCUUCCGGCGUGUCCGUAUCAACUUCAGCAACCCCAAAGCAGCCGCAAGCGCCAGGAUAGAGCUGCACGAAACACCCUUCAGGGGCAAGAAGCUCAAACUCUACUUCGCCCAGGUCCAGAACCCAGUAUCAGACGGUGAUAACCUGCACCUGGCUCCUCCUCAGCCCUCUAAACAGUUCCUCAUCUCCCCUCCCGGCUCACCGCCCAUUGGCUGGCAGCAGAUAGACGAGGCCACGACCGUCAUCAACUACGACCUGCUCUAUGCGGUGGCCAAGCUGGGCCCCGGAGAGAAGUUUGAGCUGCAUGCGGGAACAGAGUCCACUCCCAGCGUCGUAGUCCACGUGUGCGAUAGCGACACAGAGGAGGAGGAAGAGGAACCAAAAGAAUUGCCCAAACCAAAAAAUCAUCCAGACCCGGCGCCCUGA